GAUAAGCGAAAUUCAAAGGCCAAAACCAAUCAGAGUGACUUUUACCCGAAAUUCUCUUUCCUGGUUUCUCUUAGACGGUGAAGACCCGGAGGACACUCUGCCACCAGUCUCUCUCUCUCUCCCUCACUCGUCACUCCUCUGAACCAAGGUCUAAGAAUGGCGGGAUUUGUGCCUUAUGGAAAUGGAGGAUUUUAUCCAUAUUCUUCAUCAUCGUAUUCAAGCUUAUCGGCUUUAGCUCCACCUUUUACUGUCGAUCGGUCUGUGCCGAAACCCAUGUCUAGCCCACUUGAUGUGAUUGAGACACCUUAUGUUGCCCCCAUAAAUUCUUCUUUGCACAGUUGGCUUCCUUCUCACCCAAUCACUACGGGGUCUAAUUUCUUUGUCAAUCCAUCCCCAGAUUUCAAUUCAAUUCCUUCAUCAAAUGUGUAUGGAUAUGCAGGCCUGCAGACUGUUGAACCAUCCGUUACAAACUUGCCUCCUUUGAACACUAUUACCACCGCUUCAUCCAGUGUGUUUAAGUAUGAUCAAUCCUUCGAUCCUGCUGCAACUAGUUUUGUUGAGGCAAAACCUUAUUAUCCCUCUUAUCUAUCCUCAACAAUUCCGAGUGUUCCCCCCAUGGUGGUUCCUAAUCAACCUAGUCAUGAUUGGCUGUCAACUACUCAUUUCGCUCCCUUGGAUAGCACCUCUCACAAGGAUUAUGGUCAAAACCCUUCUGAUCCAAAAUAUACUACUCAGUGUGGUGGCUUGCGGGAGUGGGAGCAGGGUAAACAGGGAGACUUUAGUGGAAAUUUCUGCUCAAAGAAGACUGAUGUUUCCAGCUCAUCACUGUACAAGAAUUACAUGAAACAAGACCCCUCUUGUGAAGAAGCAUCACAUAGCAUCAAUAUUCUGGGUUGGGAAAAGCAUGGUGGAUCUGUAAGUGCAGAGCACUCAGGUGAUAAAUCCUUUGUGGCGAAAAAUUCCAAAUUCAUCCCUGCUGACUUUUCAAAAUCUGUCACGGGGUCAUUUUCAGCAGUUCCAGAAGCCCAUCCUAAGGCAUCAUCCUCACAGUUUGUCACAAACACCACAAACUGUAAAACACCGUACAGUGUGUUCUCUGAGCAACGACGGAAUGAUGCUAAUAUGGAUGAUAUUUCGUCCACUUCAAAGUCUUCCUCAGCCUUUGCCACUAGAAUACCAUUUACUGGCCCUAAAUCUUCAGAACCAGAGAUAGGUCUGUUCAAAAGGUUGAAUUUCAGAAGUGGUGCAGCUGAGACAGAUCGUGGUCAUUAUUAUACCUCUAGUGUACAAGAGUCUCGUCUGCCACAAGUUUCUGAAGGCAACGGUCAUUUCAGUUCAAGCCAACUUGACAGUCUACUUGGAAUAAAUGAUAGCUUCUUCAUAGAAAGAAAUGAAGAGCUGUCAAAUAAUAGAAGUCUCAACAAGAAUCCCUGGGAUCAUGUGUUUAAAGCGAAAUCUGGACUUGAAAAUCCUCAUGUUAGUCCUGGUGGUUUUAAUGUGGCACUUAAUACAAAUGAAACCGUCACUUCUUUUCCAAUUUCAUCUGACAAUGUAGAUCCUAAUAAUCCUGCUGUGGACUCGCCUUGCUGGAAAGGAGUUCCUGGUAGUCGUUUUUCUUCAUUGGAAUCCUCUGAAGGAGUUCCAGAACAGAUAAAGAAACUAGAGGACUGCAAUGGUUUGCAUUUUCCAAUGCCACUGAUGUUUCCACUAAAUGCUGCGGAAAAUGUUUCCUCCCAAAAGCCUGUCAAGAACACAGUUGACUACCAUGAUCUUGGGUGGCUGGAAAAUGGUCUGACCCUUCCUUUGAAGAGAUAUUCAGUUGAAAACUCAGCUUUUGGAGAACAUAAAUUAGAUGAUGCGAUGAAGACCACUUAUGACUCAGAAGCAAGCCAUGAUAGAGGACCUCAAAGUUACAGGGAUGUCCUCCAUAAAUCAGGGAAUGGGGACAAUUCCUUUGGUCUCUUUGGCCAUUCUCACACCAUGGAACAAGGUCAUGGUGGAGAAGUUGGAUUAGCAACAGAAAUAAGGAAAACAACAUUGAGUUGUGGUCCAGAUGUUAAACUGAAUGUCAGUGACACCAUGGAAUAUGGUUCACCACAUGUGCCUUCUCAUGCUGUAGAAAAUAUAUUGUGUUCAUCUGUACAGGAUGCACCUACUAAGCUUUCCAAAUCUGAUGGGGAGGAUACUAUGCUAAAAGUGGAUGCACGUAUGCUGGUUGAUACAAUGAAUAGCUUGUCAGAAUUGCUGCUUAGUAAUUGUUCAUAUGGCUGGGUUCAAUUGAAGAAAAAUGAUAAUGAGGCCAUAAAAGCUGUGAUCAAUAACCUGCAUAUCUGCAUAUCAAAGAACGGUGAGAAUUUGUCGCCGACACAGGAAAUGCCAUCGUUCCAGCAAAACACUGCUCAGUGUAAUGGAGAGUUCACAGAGCAUAAUAAGGUUGUGAGUACAGACAGGGGCCCGUUGGCAUCCGCCUCUAACAUUCAGGAUGAAGUUAUUGGUUCUGUCUUUGGGAAAAGUGACAAAAACAUGGCAAAAGAAGAUAAAAUGACUCAGGCUAUAAAGAAGAUUCUUAGUGAAAAUUUUCAUGCUGAGGAAACAGACCCUCAAGCCCUCUUGUACAAGAAUCUUUGGCUCGAGGCUGAAGCUGUAUUAUGUUCCAUUAAUUAUAAAGCUCGUUUUAAUCGUGUAAAGAUAGAAAUGGAAAACUGUGAGGCAGAGAAAUCCAAAGACGACUUUAUACAUAAUGCAGAUAUGAUGCAGCAAUCAGUGUCGGAGGUUUCCCCUGAUUCAAACCCAGUCAAUCCAUUGACGUUUGAUGCUCAGGAAUUUCCAACUUCAAAUCUCCAGGAUUUGCCUGUAUUAAGCCAGGAAAAUGAUGUAUUGGCCAGAUUUCGUAUCUUAAGGGAACUUGUUGAGAACACAAAUUUGAUUGGUGCUGCCAAUGGGGGUGAAUCCAGCUCCAAGGUUUCUGAACCGAACAAGUUUGAUAAUAUUCCUCCUGAAGUAGAUGGUAGCUCAUCAUCACAUGGUAUUUCCAUUCAGGAUUCUCCUACAUCAGAUACAGUUGGGAUGACAGAUGAUUACAACGAAGCUUCUGUUAUGGCCAGAUUUCGUAUCAUAAGAGACCGGGUUGAGAAAUCAAAAUUCAUUAGUUUUUCCAAUAUGGAGGAAUCAUCCAGCUCCAAUGUGUGCCUUCAACCCAAGACAGACAUAAUUGCACCCAACGCAAGUGAUGUCUCGGCACCUGAGUUCAGUUUCCAGGAUUCUUCCAUUUCUAUCAACACCAGCCAAUCAAACGCUUUUGAGGCUUCUGUUCUGUCCAGGCUUAAUAUCCUCAAAUCCCGGAUUGAAAACUACGCUGACUUGCAUACUGAAGGGCAACUUCUUCCAAAACCCAAGUUAUCUGCAGUUGCACCUAACACGAGUGAUAGCUUACUGCCCGAGUUCAAAAUCCAGGAUUCUCCUUGUUCUAGCACAACCGGCCUGUCAAACAACUGUGAGGCUUCUGUUAUGCCGAGGCUUCAGAUCCUUAAAUCCCGGAUUGACAACUCUUACAUGCAUUCAGAAGAGCAGCAACUGCUGGAAACUGAUGGUCUUGGAUAUGCUGGUAAGAGAAACCCCUGGCCGUUUAUAAGCAAGAGAUCAGAGGGUGGAAGUUCAGAACUGAAAGAGCAACCUAUUUUUCAGAGUCAUGAAGCUGACAGUAGUGAAGGUAGUAUGGUUGAUGCUGAGGCGUUCGAUCUGUUCGUGGAUGGUCCACCGACAGAUAAUCGGAACUGUCCUGGGAAUCUGCUUCCGGCGGGUUGGCACGAUAGCUCUUCCUCGGAUUGGGAACAUGUCUUGAAGGAGGAGAUUUGGGGGCAGAACUGA